AUGGGAGAACCUACCCGCGCUGUCUCAAACGCAGCUCGCGCAGCCCUCGAUGCAGCAACAAAGUGCUUCGCGAUGAACGAGGGCGCCAGAGCAGCUGUUGAGAAGGCACGAGCGACCUGCGCUUCUGCAGUCAGCGCUCUCAGAGAGCUCAAGUGGGAGCACGUCCCCCAAGCUGCGGUCGGACACAUCAAGGCUCAUCCAUAUCUCACCGCAAUGCAAGCCUCCAGCAUUCUCGUCGCCUUCGUCCCUGGCCUGGCUUGGAUUCCCGCAGCCACAGGACUUGGAUUCGGUACUGGUGGACCAACGGCUGGUAUGUCAAAUGUAUGCACUUUCGCACGGUAUGCCCCUGAGGGACUAAAUCUUGGCAGGUUAUCUUGCCCCGGCUUUCCAAUCUGCCUUCGGCACUCCUACUUACUUCUCAGCGUUGCAGAGCGCAGCCAUGAACGGGUGGGGCGUCAGCGUCGUCAACGGAGCGGUGCAAGUCAGUGCCAUUGCGACGGGUAUCAUGUCAGAAGUAGCAAAGCACUGCUCAAGCAAGUUGUGA